GAGAAGGCUAAAGGUAAAGCCAAAGGAAAGGCCCUCUUUUUUCUGGCGAUCUGUCUAACUGUGGUGGUGGCAGCGGCGGGCAUGGCGGGGAUAUCGGUCAUAGUGGUUGUCGUCGUCGCUUUCCUCCACAUCCUCGCCUUUGUCCUCGCCAUCGGCGCCGAGAUGCGCCGGAGUACCGGCAAGGUGGUGCCGGACGAGUACGACGAGCGGACGUUCUGCGCGUACGACUCGGACGCGUCCACGGCUUACGGCCUGUCCGCGUUCGGCCUCCUGUUGCUGAGCCAGGCGGUGGUGAGCGCCGCUACCCGAUGCCUUUGCUUCGGUCGGGGCCUCUCCGCCGGUGGCCCAAGGACCUGUGCCAUCGCCUCGUUCGUCGUCUCCUGGAUAUGUUUUCUGGUGGCGGAAGUUUGCCUGUUGGCAGGAUCUGCAAGGAAUGCAUACCAUACUAAGUAUGUGGGUUACUUUGCCAAGAAGGACUUGUCGUCCUGCACAGCGCUCCGUAAGGGGGUUUUCGCAGCAGGAGCUACCUUCGUGCUGCUUUCGAUGAUAUCCUCACUUCUUUACUAUUGGAGCUACUCCAAGGCUGACAUGGGCGGAUGGGUGAAGCACCAAAACGAAGGCGGUGUGGGGAUGGCAGAAUUUGGUCCUGAGAAGAGAGGGCUUGGAAACACAAAUGGUUGAAGGUCAUGUAGUCCCAGCCAUCUCUGACAUAAGCGCCAAGACUUGCGUGGGGGCUGAGGUACUAUGCUCAAAGUCCAAGUCCAAUAACGUGACUCGUCACGGUAUCCUCCACGAGCAACUCAUCUUGUGAGAUAAUGAUUUAGUUGUAGACUUUAUGGAUAACGAUAGAAGCAGGCUUGUCUUCGAUGUAUUUCAAGUUCGUCAAGUUCUGGACAGAGAUGUCACUGUCAGCUCACGAGCACACCAACAAUUCACCGCGAAUGCUUGCAUGCUUCUUUUGCCUCUCAUCAGGUUUGAACUCAACUUGUUGUAGCUCCAAAACUUAAUGCCUUGUUUCUUGUUUGUAUGCAGCAAAUAGCUAGUAAGAUUAUGACGUAUCUCUUGCUUCA